AUGUGGAUCGUUAGGCGUUUUGUGACGUCGAUCGUUCAGAGAGCUCAUUACACAGGACAGCCCGGUUUACUCCGCCGAUCCCGGUACAGCUCCCUUCCUGAAUUGGAACUGCGUUACCUCCAGUGCACAUGUUGCUGGAGAAGCCGGGUUCCCGUCGCAGGUUUCGAGACCUUGAACGCCACCCUCUCCUCCACCUCUGACCCUUGCAGGGAGGACGGCGGUGGACCUCUGGAUGCCUACUACACCUCCGAACAACGGGACAUAAUCCUCCAGCUCCUAAACAAUGCUCCCCCGUCGGAACUGGCCUGCAUAAAGCUACUGAGAGGCCGCAAAUCGCUCAACAUAGUCGAGUACAGGACCAAAAACGGACCCUUUAAAACUCUUGAAAGUGUGGUAAAUGUGCCGCUGCUGAAGCACAAAAGUGCCGUAGUAGUAUUUAACUCUAUUCUGAACCCCGUGAAGAAAGAGAAGAAAGUGAGGAUACAGCUGGCUAAGUUUAUAAGGCCAGAGGUGGACAGGUCCUGGUUGGAGGAUGCCAAUUCAAUUGUAUCAAUAGUAUGUGGUACAAAUAAAAUUGCCUGGGCUCAUGUGGACCGUGGGAUGAUGGUAUUGGACUGGCAGCAGCUAGAUUGCCCUAAUUUCUUGAAAGGGGCGUACAUGGCCUCGUCUUAUUUAAACGAUGUCUCUUCAGCCGUGGCCCUCCUACCUUCAGCAGACUUCUACUUAAUAGAGAAACCGUCCAUCUCGGUCCAGAAUACAACUUUAUUCCCCAUCAUGGCCCAUAUGAGGGCUGUGGAGGCCAUGCUCUUUGCUCUGCUGGAGCCCAAAACAUCCCCACCAGAAUCUAAUAUUCCUCCCAGGGUUCUCAACAUGAUGAGAACUGCCGUGGGACGCCAUUUUGGACUGAUGGUGGGUGAAUCUCGGACCAGUGGGGCACAGACAGUCCGAAAGCUGAUGACCGAGUCUGUGACGCAGAAGCUCCCCAGGUUAAACUUUCCCCAGGAGCUCCUGGUCAGAUACAGGAAUUACUUUCAAAUGGGCAGCAGAAGAGGAGGGGAAGAGCUCUGCGAUGCACUGCUUCAGGCCGUGGCUUUCUAUGAACUUCUGAGCGAAUCCUCUUGA